AGAGAAAAAGAAAUGGGUGAGACGAACAGUGGAAGCAAAAGCAGCAGAUGGUGUCUGCAGGGGAUGACAGCUCUGGUCACCGGUGGAUCCAAAGGAAUCGGAUAUGCUAUAGUUGAGGAGUUGGCAGAGCUUGGGGCCACAGUACACACUUGUUCUCGGAACCAAGCUGAACUCAGUGAAUCCUUGAAGGAGUGGACCACAAAAGGAUACAGAGUAACCGGUUCGGUCUGUGACGUGACCUCUCGUGUUAACAGAGAAGAGCUGAUAGCUAGAGUCUCCUCUCAGUUCAAUGGAAAACUCAAUAUCCUUGUAAACAAUGUGGGAACAAACAUACUGAAACAGACCCUGGAUUUCACAGCGGAAGAUUUCGCAUUUCUGAUGAAUACGAAUCUUGAAUCUUGUUUCCACUUAAGUCAGCUUGCACAUCCUCUCCUAAAAGCUUCAGAAGCUGCAAGUAUCAUUUUCAUGUCCUCCAUUGCUGGUGUUGUAGCUACAAACAUAGUAUCCGUUAUUUAUAGUGCAACAAAAGGAGCAAUGAACCAAAUGACAAAAAAUCUUGCAUGCGAAUGGGCCAAAGACAACAUAAGGAGUAAUUCUGUUGCACCUGGAGUAAUCAGAACCCCUCUGGCGGAAAAGCACUUGAAAGAGGAAAGAGUUGUGAAUGCUGUAAUUUCUCAAACCCCUCUGGGACGGAUGGGAGAGGCAGAGGAGGUGUCUUCGUUGGUGGCAUUUCUGUGCUCGCCUGCAGCCUCUUAUAUCACUGGACAGAUCAUUUGUGUUGAUGGCGGCUUAUGGUGUCUGCAGGGGAUGACAGCUCUGGUCACCGGUGGAUCCAAAGGAAUCGGAUAUGCUAUCGUGGAGGAGUUGGCAGAGCUUGGGGCCACUGUACACACUUGUUCUCGGAACGAAGCUGAACUCAAUGAAUCCUUAAAAGAAUGGACAACAAAAGGAUACAGAGUAACCGGUUCGGUCUGUGACAUGACCUCUCGUGUUAACAGAGAAGAGCUUAUAGCUACUGUCUCCUCUCAGUUCAAUGGAAAACUCAAUAUCCUUGUAAACAAUGUGGGAACAAGCAUACUGAAACAUACCCUGGAUUUCACAGCGGAAGAUUUCGCAUUUCUGAUGAAUACGAAUCUUGAAUCUUGUUUCCACUUAAGUCAGCUUGCACAUCCUCUCCUAAAAGCUUCAGAAGCUGCAAGUAUCAUUUUCAUGUCCUCCAUUGCUGGUGUUGUAGCUACAAACAUAGUAUCCGUUAUUUAUAGUGCAACAAAAGGAGCAAUGAACCAAAUGACAAAAAAUCUUGCAUGCGAAUGGGCCAAAGACAACAUAAGGAGUAAUUGUAUUGCACCUUGGGUAAUCAGAACCCCUCUGGCGGAAAAGCACUUGAAAGAGGAAAGAGUUGUGAAUGCUGUAAUUUCUCAAACCCCUCUGGGACGGAUGGGAGAGGCAGAGGAAGUGUCUUCGUUGGUGGCAUUUCUGUGCUCGCCUGCAGCCUCUUAUAUCACUGGACAGACCAUUUGUGUUGAUGGCGGCUUCUCUGUGAACGGCCUCCAUAUAUUCUAAACUUAGUUUUCACUUUCUCUGUGUUACGUCAGUUACACUAUCAUUGCAUUGCUUUCUGUGUCAUUAAGAAUAAAUUAACAGACUGUACUUUCCUAAGUUCAGUCUAUGGGUGUGUUUGAGUUAAUAAUUAGUUAUCAAUCUCGUACUGAGUGUGGUAUGUUAAAUGUA